CAGAGACACUGAGACAAGCAUAACGCACUCUCUCGCUCUACUCUCUCACAAACAAAAUCCUAUUUUCUUCGGCCCCGAACCCCUCUUUUGGUAUUUCCCCUUUCCUUUUCUGUUUGGACCGCCACUGUUAUAUGCGCCUCCACCACCGCCAACCCCGUCACCUACGCCGCCUCGACAGCCAUCACCCUCGUCCCUCUCGAGAGCUAGUAUUUCUACUGCCUUUUAGAAUCUCGCUCGCCUCUUCUCCUGUUCUCAUCCGAGCUGGAUUCUCUUUCUUACUUCCUCUGCAUCUCUAUGCGCCGCUGGUUCAGCGGCUUCGUUGAUUAGCCUCGUUGGGCCAUUUUCUCUCUAUUGAGAUCAUAAAACACACCGUUUCGAGACCUAGGGUUUUGUAGUUCCAGUUUCACGUGCCAUGGUAUCUCGAUUAGGGCAAGCGGAUUGAUUGCUUGGCUGUUAUUUUAUAUUUGGUAAAUUUGGAGGGUUUUUCAAUUUGAAUGGCAUUGGGGGAUUUGAUGGAUUCGAGGUUCCCGCAAUCUUCUGUGGUGUUAGGGGUUCCGAACCACAUCUAUAACGAUUGUAACGGUCCGGCCAAUGAUGACGGUGACCAGCUUUCCUCGCAGCGGAGGGAUUCUGAGAGCGCAAGUAGUAGCUACGGCGGCAAUGCUGCGACUGCAACGAGUUUGGCUUACCUUCCCCAGACUAUUGUGCUCUGUGAGCUCAGACAUGACGCCUUCGAAGAUGGUGUAUCUACGGGCCCUUCUGAUAGUGGCCUCGUCUCUAAAUGGCGGCCUAAGGACCGAAUGAAGACAGGAUGUGUAGCUCUAGUGUUGUGUUUAAACAUUAGUGUCGAUCCGCCCGAUGUCAUAAAGAUAUCUCCUUGUGCCAGAAUGGAGUGCUGGAUAGAUCCAUUUUCAAUGGCACCUCAAAAGGCACUUGAAACAAUUGGAAAAAACUUGAAACAACAGUAUGAAAGGUGGCAACCCAGGGCUCAUUACAGGGUUCAACUUGACCCUACCGUGGAUGAAGUGAAGAAACUUUGCAAUACAUGUCGCAGACUUGCUAAGUCAGAGAGGGUCCUGUUUCAUUAUAAUGGACAUGGGGUCCCCAAGCCUACUACCAACAGUGAAAUCUGGCUGUUCAAUAAAAGCUAUACACAGUAUAUCCCCUUACCGAUCAGCGACCUUGAUUCCUGGUUGAAGACUCCAUCGAUAUAUGUUUUUGACUGCUCUUCUGCUGGGAUGGUCGUCAAUGCCUUCCUAGAGCUUCAUGAUUGGAGUGCUUCUAACUCUGCCGGAUCAACAAGGGAUUGCAUUCUGCUUGCAUCAUGCGAAGCACAUGAGACUCUUCCUCAAAGUGUUGAGUUUCCUGCUGAUGUGUUUACUUCUUGCCUCACUACACCGAUCAAGAUGGCUUUGAGAUGGUUCUGCACACGGUCAUUACUGCACGAGACCCUUGACUAUUCCCUAAUAGAUAAAAUUCCGGGUCUGCAAACUGAUCGUAGAACGCUUUUGGGAGAGUUGAAUUGGAUCUUUACGGCAGUGACAGACACAAUUGCCUGGAAUGUUCUUCCACAUGAUCUUUUUCAGCGACUAUUCAGACAAGAUCUAUUAGUCGCCAGUCUGUUCAGAAAUUUCUUACUUGCGGAGAGGAUUAUGCGAUCUGCAAAUUGUUCCCCAAUUUCUCAUCCAAUGUUGCCUCCAACCCAUCAGCAUCAUAUGUGGGAUGCCUGGGACAUGGCUGCUGAAAUUUGCCUCUCUCAGUUACCGGCAUUUGUUGAAGACCCUAACGCAGAGUUCCAGCCAAGUCCCUUUUUCACUGAACAGCUGACAGCUUUUGAGGUAUGGCUGGACCAUGGGUCUGAGCUUAAGAAGCCACCAGAGCAAUUGCCAAUUGUUCUUCAGGUUUUGCUAAGCCAAUGCCAUCGCUUCCGGGCACUUGUUCUUCUUGGGAGAUUUCUUGAUAUGGGUCCCUGGGCUGUGGAUCUGGCCUUGUCUGUUGGAAUAUUUCCAUAUGUUCUUAAGCUUUUGCAAACAACGACACCGGAACUUCGGCAAAUUCUGGUAUUCAUAUGGACAAAGAUUCUGGCACUUGAUAAGUCAUGUCAGGUUGAUCUUGUAAAGGAUGGGGGCCAUACAUAUUUUAUAAGGUUUCUUGAUAGCACUGAAGCGUAUCCAGAACAACGUGCAAUGGCUGCGUUUGUUUUGGCUGUCAUUGUGGAUGGGCACAGACGGGGUCAGGAAGCCUGUAUUGAAGCUGGUUUAAUUCAUGUUUGCUUGAAGCAUCUUCAGAGUUCAAUUCCUAAUGAUGGACAGACUGAGCCCCUUUUCCUUCAGUGGCUUUGCCUCUGUCUGGGUAAGCUGUGGGAGGAUUUCAUUAAGGCACAAAUAAUAGGUUUGCAGGCAGAUGCUCCAGCCAUUUAUGCCUCUCUGCUGUCUGAGCCCCAACCAGAGGUUAGGGCUUCUGCAAUUUUUGCAUUAGGUACAUUACUUGACAUAGGGGAUGAUCCAUGCAGAGAUGGUGUUGGAGGUGAUGAAGAAUGUGAUGAUGAUGAUGAAAAAAUUAGAGCUGAAACUAUUAUCAUUAAAAACCUUUUAAAUGUUGUUUCUGAUGGUAGUCCUCUGGUCAGAGCCGAAGUUGUUGUAGCUCUUGCACGCUUUGCAUUUAGCCACAAGCAGCAUCUCAAGUCAGUUGCUGCAACAUAUUGCAAACCACAACCCAACUCUCUACUGAGUUCAUUACCUUCCUUGGCUCAUAUAAAAGGUACAGGUAGUGGAUGUGCUCUGCCCCACAUGAGUAUUGUUCCAUCUCAAAUUGGUCCUUUGAUGCGAGUUGGCAAUGACAAUCCAUCAUUGGCUCGAGAUGGAAGUGUCUCCACCAGCAGCCCUUUAGCUGCACCUGCAAUUAUGCAUGGAUCACCGUUGUCUGAUGAUUCAUCUCAACAUUCUGAUUCUGGAAUUCUUAAUGAUGGCAUCAGCAAUGGCGUUGUCAACCAUUCAAGGCCGAAACCCCUAUAUAGUGCAAUGUAUUCGCAAUGUGUACUUGCUAUGUGUACAUUGGCCAAGGAUCCAUCUCCUCGGAUAGCAAGCCUUGGCCAGAGAGUGCUGUCAAUUAUUGGGAUUGAACAAGUGGUGACAAGACCUUCAAAUUCCACUUCAAGUAGUUUUCGUCCUGGUGAAACCACAGCAGCUCCAGCAACUUCUAGUCUUGCUGGCCUUGCUCGUUCAUCUUCGUGGUUUGACAUGAAUGCAGGUCAUCUGCCUUUAACGUUUAGAACCCCUCCUGUCAGUCCUCCAAGGCCGAGUCACUUAACAGGAAUACGUAGAGUAUACUCUUUAGAGUUCAGGCCGCAUUUGAUGAAUUCUCCAGACUCAGGCUUGGCUGAUCCACUCUUGGGUUCUGGAGGAUCUUCUGGGAUUUCUGGACAGAGCUUGCUUCCACAGUCGAGCAUUUACAAUUGGAGUUGUGCGCACUUCUCAAAGCCACUUCUUACUGCAGCAGAUGAUAGUGAAGAGAUACUAGCAAGAAGAGAAGAGAGGGAAAAAAUUUCUAUGGAGCACAUUUCGAAAUGUCAACACUCUUCCGUUAACAAGCUUAAUAAUCAAAUUGCUAGCUGGGAUACAAAGUUUGAAACGGGUACUAAAGCGGCCGUGAUGCAACCUUUCUCUCCUAUUGUGAUUGCUGCUGAUGAAAAUGAACGUAUCAGGGUAUGGAAUUAUGAGGAAGCUGCCCCUCUCAACAGUUUUGAGAAUCAUGAUUAUCCCGAGAAAGGAAUUUCUAAGCUCUGCCUUUUGAAUGAGCUUGAUGAAAGCUUGCUUCUGGUUGCUUCAUGUAACGGAAAUAUUAGGAUUUGGAAAGACUAUAGUCUGAAGGGUAAACAAAAGCUUGUUACUGCAUUUUCUUCAAUUCAAGGUUAUAAACCUGGUGUGCGAAGUGUGAAUGCAGUCGUGGACUGGCAACAGCAGUCUGGAUAUAUGUAUGCUUCUGGUGAGGUAUCAUCCAUCAUGGUGUGGGACCUGGACAAAGAGCAGCUUGCUCAUUCUAUUCCUUCAUCCUCAGAAUGCAGCUUGUCAGCACUGUGUGCUUCUCAAGUUCAUGGUGGUCAGUUCGCUGCUGGUUUCAUGGAUGGUUCUGUCAGACUUUAUGAUGUCCGGACACCUGAAAUGCUUGUUUGUGCAACUCGGCCGCACACUCAGAAGGUAGAAAGAGUUGUGGGGAUUGGCUUUCAACCUGGACUUGAUCCCGCCAAGAUUGUCAGUGCAUCUCAGGCUGGUGAUAUUCAGCUCCUUGAUCUGAGAAAUAAGAGGGAUGCCUACCUCACAUUCACAAUAGAAGCUCACAGGGGUUCACUCACAGCCUUAGCUGUCCACAGACAUGCUCCCAUCAUUGCCAGUGGCUCAGCCAAACAACUAAUCAAAGUUUUCAAUCUAGAGGGUGAUCAACUAGGCACCAUUAGGUACUUAUCAACUUUCAUGGCACAGAAAAUUGGUUCUGUUAGCUGCCUGGCCUUCCAUCCCUACCAAAUACGACUGGCUGCUGGUGCUGCUGAUUCAUGUCUAUCAAUCUACGCUGACGACAACUCUCAAGCUAGAUGAAUUAAUAUUUGCUCAUAUUUAAAGAAGCAAAAGCGCGUCGAAAUUCGUCGAGAUUCCGUUGUUGGUGCAGAUCCAUGGGUGCUCUUCGAUCCAGUGUGAUUGAUUCUACUGGCCUGAUUCAUCUUUCCUGUGAAUAGAUGUGAGAAAAAAAAACGGUGGGAAGAAUUUGUAUGCUACAUAUUCAUUAGCCUCCAUUAUAAAGGGGCACUAUACACCAGUGGGAAGAAUUCCUGCGUAUUUGUUGAUGGGGGCUUAGGCAAAUAGUUUGGUAUGUAGGUAAAUGUGUGUAAAUAUCUCGAUUUUUUUCUUUCAAUUUCCUCCUCUUUUUCUUAUCUAUAUCCCUUUUCUUUUGGGGGGCGUGUUCGUUAUUCCCUUCUCCCCUUUUGUUCAUUUGUAAAAGCAGCACACUCGGGUCAAUUAUCAUAAUUUCAGUGGUGAAGAUGUGGAUAUGGAUGAUA